AAUUGUCAGUGGAGAUAAGAAGAGUAUUAGAAGAGCAUUGAAUAUAUACGUUACGAUUCAAAAAAUUAUGGAUGAGUACAUGAAAAAGGUACUAUUAUUCGUUAUUCUGAUGUCCAUCAUCACAACACCCAUACCACUUGCAAUGACACAAAUACCAAAAACGGAAUCAACUUCGCUGCCAAUUUACCUCCUAUCCAUCACUGUUGGGCCUGUUGAGGCGAUAGUGUUGAUUCUCUUCUUCACAUUAGAUACGACGGGAACAAAAUUUCCAUUAGAUUUAUUCUUUCUGAUGUUACAUACGAUAUUAGCAUCUGUACUCACAGGAAUACCGUUCAUUGGGCAAACGCUUACAUGGGGGCUUAUAGUGACGCGAUCAGCUGUGGUAUUGUACAUCUUACUAAUCACAAUAGGUGCAACACUACCAAUUGAUCUGCGUCGUUACUACCUUGCAGUUUUCAUAUACCAUGUUACUGUCUUGGUUGUAACUUUUGCUGUUUCAAUUGGUGUCCACUAUGGGACAGGACUUGAUAAAUUGGCACUGGCAAUUGUCAGCAUCGGAUUGACUGCAUUACAAAUCCCU